CUUCUGCUCCAAAGUUAACCAGGAUCAAGGACAGUGAGGAGACUGAGGAGGCUGGGGAGAACCCUGGCACCAUGGUGAAAUCUACAUGCACUACCUUCAUCAAGACGUUGGAGGAGUGCAUGCUGAUCGCCAACCACACCUUCAGCUCAGACCAGGCCACAAAGACCCCGCCCGGGUCACCUCCCGUGGCAACCAUCAAACCCCAGAAGGUCAAACCUGUCAAUCAAUCAAAUCAGGAAAAACACAGGGAGUGUAAAGAAAUCUCCGGAGGAUCUGUAACACAUGACAACCAGAGCCUUGACUCUGGAGCAGAGGGACCAGACCAACGAGACGGACCAGACACGCUCCCUGAGAGAACCACCCAAACACCCCCAACAGAAAAUAGCCCAGUCGGCGGGGACCCCCAGGGCCUAGAGGAGUCUGCAGUGGAAGAAGAGGCCACUACCCAAACCACCCACACAAACCCUGACCCAGAACACACCGACCAACCAGCACAGCAGGAAGAGGAGGAGGAGGAGGAGGAGGAAUUCAAAGAGGUGGAGCAGGAAAUGAGCAACGCCCAAGAAGAAGAGAAACAGGAAGUGACCCAGAACCAACAGGAAGCUGUCACUGACCAAGAGGAAGCCAAGCUGGAGGAGGAGCAGCCUGCCCAGCCACAGGGAGAAGAAGAGGAGACAGAGCAGGUGGACACAUUCUUCAGUACGAUGAGUCACAGAUUUAGUGAUAUAAGACUGGACGGUGACAGUGGUAUUCCUACACAAGCCUUUUUGGACUCAUGCUAUGCAAUAGUGCCUGUAUUAGAUAAACUAGGAUCCACAGUAUUUGGUCCAGUAAAAAUGGAUUUUACAGGCAACAUCAAGAAGAUCCACCAAAAGCUGUCGUCGGACCCGGGCAGCUUCCCCACACUGCAGACCAUAGUGCUUCACGAGGUGCAGACCGGCGUGGCCCGCGUCCGCAACUCAGCCACCGAGGCCCUGCUGUGGCUCAAACGAGGACUCAAGUUCCUCAAGGAGUUCCUGUCCCUGGUCAACUCUGGGGAAAGGGAUAUCCCCGGAGCGCUGGGUAAUGCUUAUGGACGGAGUCUGCGGCAGUAUCAUGGAUGGGUUGUGCGAGGUGUAUUUGCUCUGGCCCUCCGAGCAGCGCCGUCAUACAGCAGCUUCGCAGCGGCUCUGGUGUCCAGAGAGGGGGAGGAACUGAAAGAAGGAUUCAACACAGGCAUGCACCGGGACCUGGGGGUCUACCUGCCUGCCAUGGAGAAACAACUGGCCAUCCUGGAUGCCCUGUAUGAAGAAUACAACCUGGAGUCAGAUGAGGUGGUCUGAGAGGAGACGAGAUCCCAACUGGUGGCCUGAGAGGGACACUACCAGAGGAGGAAGAGAGCCCUCAGACUCAGACCAUCUGGGAUACACUGAUGAAGGAGGAGGAGGAAGAAGUGGAGGAGGUAGAAGAGGAGAGCCCGGUCUGAGCCGCCGCAGCAGAGCGGUGGCUCUGGUGUACUUGAUGUAGUGUACAGUACUUUAGACUCAGGCUCUUUUCCCUCCUGUGACUUCCAUUAUGAACAGCUGCACCUGUGGUUGCUGAGAUUGCACAAAUAUGGACUUUUACUUUAAAUUGAGGCUGAUAUUGUUAUUAUUGACAGCAUUAUUUGACAGCCUACAUAGGCUGCAUGUAAUGAACUGCAUACAACACUGAAGAGUAUAAUGUAGCGGUGUUAGUAUUGAUCCCUGCUGAACUCCUACACCAAUAUACUGUAUCUACAUGGAUGACCUGCGUACCACCACCAACCCACCUCCUCUCUCCCUCCAGAAGCCACCUCCUCUCUCCCUCCAGAAGUCACCACCUCUCUCCCUCCAGAAGUCACCUCCUCCCUC